AUGCACUCUAGUAGGCUCUUUCUUUUAGCUAUUAGCCUUAUGGCCGACGCAGCCUUUGCUAUUCCUUGCCAUGCAAAGACUACGACUACAGGUGAGUUUGAAUCCUCUGGACAGAUGGCGGCUGCUAACGUGACUGCAACACCGAACGUGGAGGACACAACCACUGUCGCAGAUUCUGAGACAACAGAGGAUGCUUCCAGUACCACUGAAGUGUCUGUUACUACAACCCCGGGGGCUUCUGGCAGCACUGUCGCAGCUUCCGAGACAACGGAGGAGGGCUCUAGCACCACUGAAGAAUCUGAUGCAACGACUUCGGAGGCCUCCAGCACCACUGAAUUGUCUGUUAUAACAACCCCGGGAGCUUCUAGCACUACUGAAGUAUCUGAUGCAACGACCUCUGAGGCUAUCAGCACCACUGAAGUGUCUGAUGCAGCGACUUCGGAGGCUUCCAGCACUACUGAAGUGUCUGACGAAACGACCUCGGGGGCUUCCAACACCACUGUCAGAGCUUCCGAGACAACAGAGGAGGGUUCUAGCACCACUGAAGUAUCUGCUAUAACAACCCCGGGAGCUUCUAGCACUACAGAAGGAUCUGAUGCAACGACCUCUGAGGCUAUCAGCACCACUGAAGUGUCUGAUGCAGCGACUUCGGAGGCUUCUAGUACCCCUACUACUACUUAA